CCGACGGCAUCAUUCACCGCGACUGUCAACGGAGAUUCCCCACCAACUCUGCGACUGGCUGGGAUUUGAUAUCGACCACCUGACAUAUUUCAAUACCUGCAGUCAACCUAUCCAACAUGAAGCUCGUUCGCUUUUUGAUGAAGUGCGCCAAUGAGACGGUGACUAUCGAGCUCAAGAAUGGCACAAUUCUCCACGGCACCAUUACAUCUGUCUCCCCUCAGAUGAACACCUCCCUCCGAACCGUCAAGAUGACCCCCAAGGGCCGUGACCCCGUUUCUCUGGACACCAUCAAUAUUCGUGGCUCGACAAUCCGCUAUUACAUCCUUCCCGACAGCUUGCCGCUCGAUACCCUGCUUGUGGAUGACGCCCCCAAGCCCAAGAACAAGGCUCGCAAGGAGGCAGACCGCGGCCGCGGGGGCCGUGGCGGGCCCCGAGGUGGCAGAGGCCGUGGUCGUGGUCGUGGCCGUGGCCGUGGUUUCUAAGUUAUUGAGCUCUUUCUUUCUUUCUGAGAGUACAGACCGGCGUUUUAUGUCUUUGAGAAAUUCGGUUCUUCUUUUUUUUACUUGCAUGAUCAUGGGAACUCUCAUCUGUUGUUACCCCGGGGCUUUUUCCGACUUGGGAGGGUGAUAGAAAAAGCAAUGCCCCUAUUUUUUCUUCUCUCUCUUCGAUUCCCUUGGCUUGUAUCGGCCACAUUCUUCUUGACCUGGAUCUAAGUGGCUACGAGUGGAGCUUGCGGUGACGCGGCGUCUACUGGGUCUUUGCGACUUGGAAUAAUGUAUGCAGAUGGACAAUAGUUUAAAGAUGCCUGUGCCACUAGGCCUCGGCCUAGCCUCCUGUCGAUGAGACCUGUGAGCCAUAAAAUCAUAACGCUAUACCAGACC